AUGAGAUUAAUAACCAAUACAAAUAUCAUAGUUGAUGAUUUUGAAUUAGCAAAAGAUUAUAAACUUGAUACUUUUAUCCACUUUCUUACUCAUUUUCAUUAAGACCAUUGGUAAGGUAUGACUCCUUUGUGGAAUAAUGGGAAAAUCUAUUGUAGUAAAAUUACAAAGUAGUUCAUAUUAAAUAAGUUUCCAAAGAUAGAGAGAAUUGUUGCAUUAGACUUUAAUCAUAUAUAUUAUUUGAAUCUCUUAAGUUAAGAACUAACAGAUAAGAUUGAUAAUGAGUUUACAAUUGAAGUGGUUCUAUUUUCAGCAAAUCAUAUUCCUGGUUCAGCCAUGUUUUUAUUUAGAGGAUAUAUGGGAACUAUUUUACAUACAGGAGAUUUCAGAUUUAAUAAUAGUAUGAUAACAGACAAUCCUAUCUUAUUCCCAUAAAAUGAGACAAUCUAAAUAGAUGAACUCAUAUUUGAUAAUACAUAUUGUGAUCCUAUGUUCAACUUUCCAACAGCUGAUAUUGUAGCAUAAUAAAUGAUUAAAAUUAUUGAGAACAAUAUCAAAAAAAGAGUAUUAAUUGCUAUGGGUGCAUUAGGAAAAGAAACAAUUGUAAUGGAAAUUUGUAAGUACUUUAAAACUAAGAUUAUUGUAACUUAAGAGAAGUAUAAUCAAUUAAUUGCUAGUUCAACUAAAAAUAUUGAUUUAUUUACAACAGAUAAGAAAGGUAAUUGGAAAUAUCAAAUUUUUAGAAUAUUUUAUAGAAAUAAUUAAAAGAAGUCAUAGAGAAUAAAUACUUUAAUAAUAUAUUGAAUAAGGAUAAUAGAAUUUUAUUUGUAUAAAUACUGAUUUUUUAAUGUAAAGUCAUAGAGAUCCUGAUGGUAUUAAUUAUAUGGUUCCAUAUUCUUUACAUUCAAAUUAUAUUGAAAUGAGAACCUUUGUAAAUUCUAUCAAACCAGCUAUCUUGAAAGUAUAAAUUCUAUUUAAAUUAUUAAGAAAUUGGUUAUACCUUAUGAAAAUUUUGCUGAAUAUAGAAGAAAAGUCAGAAUCAAUCCAGUUAAAGGAUUUCAAGGUUAUUUAAAGAGAUUAAAAACAAAUGGAGAAUCUGGUUAUUCAAUUUUGAUUAGAGAAUGUACUGAUUUUACAAAAAUAUCUAAAAAUUAUACUUAAUGGAUGACAGAAACAAAAUUUCGUAUGUUUAUUUUUACUCAUAAUUUUAAGGUAGUUUAAUGGAGAAAUUAGGAGUAUAAUUAGAACCAGAUAGAAAAAAUCGAAAAAGGAAAGUAGAUUAAGUUAUGCCUAAACCUACUAUUAAAUAAUGUAUUAGAGAAUUAGAGAAAUAAUGUAUCUAUUCAAAGAAACCAGAAAAAGUAGAAUCCUUAGAAGAUAUUUCAAAUAAAUUGAAGGCAACCAAUAAUAAUCAUUAUAUUACUAAAUUCUUUAAAAAACCAUAAUAAAGUUAAGAAGGAGGAAGAAAAGAUGAAGAGGAAGAGAUUUAUAAUAUAAUUUAAGAGUAUUUACAUUUUCAUGAUGAUGAUGUGUGA